AAGGAGAAAAAGAGACAAAAAGUAAAAGAGAAGAGAGAGAGAAAGACAGAGAGAAAGACAGAGAAAAAGAAAGAGACAGAAAGAAGAGAAAGGGAGAGAGAGAAAGAGGAAAAGGAGAAAAUCUCUAAGAAAAAGAGAGACAGAAGAGAGAGAGAAAAAGAGAAAGAGAGAAAAAGAGAGAAAGAGAAAGGGAGAAAGAGGAAAAGGAGA